GUACAUUCCCCAUCCAAAAUAUAUGCGGCGUAACAGAUUUGAUUUCUGCUAAAAACUAGAAAUCCUUAUCCACCGAAUCCAAGUAUCCAACUCAACGACUCUAUUAUUUUGUACCCAAUGAAUUCCCUAAUUUACCCCUGUCGCUCACUUUUUUUUGAAUCAUAGUUUAUUCCUCGGUCCUCUCACAGUCUUGUCUUCUUCCUGCUCUAAAACUCCAUUUUAUUGGUCGAUGGCCAUCGCCAUCACCGUCUGAUCGAGAUCCAGCGAGCAAACCCGAGUCGUCACUCACCCACUCGCUCAUUCCCCAACUCGUUCUCAACCGACUCGCUAAGUUUCAUAGCCAUGAGGCGAUCCAGCCGAAUCGAAAUCUUCGAUCCAUUCUACUGCCCUGCUUCUUCCUUGUUCCUGAAUGAAGCCUCCAUUUUCCCUCCCGGAGCGCUCGGUUUCCCGUCGUCGUUCAUUUCCGAGCAUGAGGAAGUUGACGAGCUGAGCUCGGCGUUCGAGCUGCUGGCCCCGAGAGCCAGCAGCGGGUUCGAGCUGUUUGAUACGGUGACGGAUCUGAUACAGGUGGAGAAAACGCCGUCGUACUGCUCCUACAAGAGGGUCCAGCAGCGCGCCGCCGCGCCGGAGCUGUAUCUGCAGAGGAUCUCCGAUCGAGUGACUGCUCUGGAGUCGAAGUUUGAGCAGCUGGUGAGCAAGUCGAAGGGGAAAGUUGGAGACCGGAAGUACACGUGGACGGCGGAGAUCAAUGGUCCGGUUGAGAGGAAGUACAAGUGGAUGGCGGAGAUCAAGGGGGCAGCAGAGAAGGAGGAGGAGGUGAAGCAGAAGAAGCAGGUUCCGGUUAAGAGAGUUCCGGUGGAGAAGAAGUACAAGUGGACGGCUGAGAUUAAGGGGAAGGGAGAGGAAUCAAGGAAGUAUGUAUUUGAAGUAUCCAGCGGCGGGGAUGCGAAUAAGAGCAGUGAAUCGGGCAAAAAGGACAAGAAGAAGGAGGUGAAGAAAGUGGAAGAGAAGAAACCGAAGAAGAAUGGAGUUCGCGUGGUGGAGAUUGAAGAGCCUGAAGCUGAUCAUGGCGUUGUGGUUCUUAGACAGGCAUUUGCUAAGAGAGCUGGGGCAUUGAGGUCGAUGAAGGGGAAGAACAAGGAACUGUCGCCACAAGAUGCAGCAUUGUUGAUCCAGAUCACUUUCAGGGCUUACCUGAUCAGGAGGUCGCAGGCUCUUCGUGCUCUCAGAGACCUGGCGAUCGCCAAGGCCAAAUUGAAGGAGAUCAGGGGAAUGUUUAACAACUUUUCUUACCGUCGUCAAGUUUCCAGGGACGCUGAAGAGCGCCAGAGGUUCACUGAGAGGAUCAUUGUCCUGCUGCUCACUGUUGAUUCCAUUGAGCAGGGAGCCGAUCUGAUGGUGAGGUCUUCCAAGAGGUCGAUGGUGGAUGAGCUGGAAGCCAUGCUGGACGUGGUGGACCCACAGCCCGCCGGUGGGAGGUCGCUUUCGAUGAGGAGGCGGACAUUCGACAUGCCCGACGGCACCAUCAGGAAGGAGAUCGCUGAAGGCGUCGCACAAGUCGUGCAGAUGCUCGAACAAGAAGAAGAAGAGGCGGAUGAGUAAGGUAAGUAAGUAACUUCGCCAUUGGCGUUGUUCUUUCUUGGUGUGUAAGAGAGAGAGAGAUAGCUUCCUAGUAUCGGCUCCCACUUGUUAAACUGAAUAAUCUUCUUCAGUCUUUUGUUGGAACAAUCGUGUUUGUUAGUUUAUUAAUGGACGUGUUCUGAUGCUUCAUUUGGGCUGUGUGUUUCCUUUCAUGGGCUGGAUUGUGGGCUUUUGCGAUGUGUUGGUUGGCCUGUAGUAGCCUUGUGUUGUAGGGUUUCUUUCAGAGCAGCUGCCAACUACUUACCAAAAAGGAGUCAAUUUUGCAGUGUUAUUAAAGUCGAGCCGCUCGGCCCGACCGGUA